UUUGGUUGUCAUAAGGUGACUGACCGCAUUGAACAACAUUAAAACACAUUUAUACGAGAUAUGGCGUCGCGUUUGACAACCAGGAUGUUUUGUGCCAUGAGGGAAACCGCAAACAUUCCUCACUCACAGAGUCGGUGGGAAAAACUAAAAAAUAGCAAAGCAGGUGUAUGGAGCCGCAGUCUGGCCUCCGACUACAAAGAGGCGUGUCGGGAGGCGGUGGUUGGCAUCUAUGAGCAUCCUGUCAAAGCAUCGGUGUACGUUUCCGUGCUCGGUGGAGCAUUAACCUGUUUCCUCUCAAAACCUGACAAGUCGUCCUUUGAGGCCGCUCUGCUGGAACGCUCCAGUCAGCUGGGCCUGCUGUCGUCGUGGAUCCGCAGCGCAACCUCCGAUAAGCAUGUGCAGAGUCUGCUUAAGCUUCGCAAUGAGGGCCGUCUGCGACACAUCAACCUGGGCAUACUCUCGAUCAUUUAUUCGACUGACUACGACCCUGACAGCACACUUUAUGAAGCGCAGUGUUCUAGUUUGUCAGUACUCUGGAGAAACUUACCUGGGCGGGUGUUGGAUGUAGGCUUUGUUGGCCACUGGUGGGUUCUGGACUCCAAGAUGACAAACUAUGACGUUAAUGAAGAGGAGUUCACAGGCCUGCCUGUGCAUAUGCGAGUAACAGCACCACCCGGUGUUCAAGAGGUGGAACUGAAUGAGCGACUGCACAGAGAGUCCUGGUUAGCACUGAAACUACAAGUUGAGAAGUAAGGCAGUGUUAUGGACAGAUGGAAUAGGCAUGAAGAUAUCGAAUGUGGAAACGACUGGAGUGUAUCUAAAAUUAAAAUAUUUGACAUACAGUACGUACUGGGGGCAAACAGCAGAUUACACCCUUGGUUUAUGAAUAAUGAACUUUCCGCAUAUAUUGUAACUUGGUUAUUGAUUUAAAGACAAGCCCGUAUUCGGAGGCAUUAACAAUGAAAGACGUCAGCUUGAGGCACCACUGCAACAUAUAACGAUGAGUAAUAUAAGUCAUAUCCUGCCUAAUGAUUGAAUAUCCAAUAAUAAAUACUUAAGUACUGCAUGAAUUAUGUUUUUUCCAUGACUUUUAUUCCCUUUACAAAUGCCAGAGGCAGGUUCAUGUCAACAGUUUCCUGUCUCACAUAUGAUUUUAAUAUGUUAAAUGUUUUCAAUUGUGCUGCUGCCCUUGGCCUAUGUCUUAUGCCUCUUAUUAAAGACAUUUUUAAUCUUACAAAAUAAAGGUGAAGUGAAAAAACUCAGGUCUACACGCCACAGACAGUGAGAUUGCAAGUCCAAAUGUAUUUUUUUAUUUAUUGUUAAAAUGUUAUUGGGAAAUGCAAUAAAGUGAUGGCUGUAAUUCAACAAGGGAAAAUAAACGG